AUGAGAUUUAUAGGAGCCUUUUAUGCUCUUUAUAUCUGCGCACUCUGCCGGUGUGUAGAUCCUCUGGGGUCUUUGGAGGAUAACAUCGCGUUAGAUUUGCUAAAUGAAGAUCCGGUUAGGAUAAAAGUUGACAGGGGAGUAGUGGACGACAUUCCAUACGACUCCUUCUUCCUGGAGAAUGGAAAAAUGUUCGGUGAGCUAACGGAAGGCCAAGUGACAAUCUGGAAGGCUGGCCAAGAUGAAAGAUGCACAGCCAUCAACUUGUACCACAAAGAUAAUGUAGAACUUAUUAGCAUGCACGUAAAUGGUGACUCUGGGUCUCGUCUCGUCUGCUUUGAGAAAGUUGAUGGAGAGUGGAAAGAACUACCAGAGAGUGACUUUGAACGUACUCUUGAUGGAUUAAAGGGUAAGAGUCAAGAUGAGGAAGGGGAAUUGAAGAUAAGCUCCAAAUCACCUCUUACCGUAGAUAUUUCUGAUCCGGAUGAAUCCACAACAACUGUAACCGAGAGCGCAUCUGAAAGAGCUGAACAUAAGUCUUACACCGCGAAGGAUGGUCUAGAAAUAACCUCCGUGACAGAUGGACAAAAUGUCAUCUGGGAAGCUGGUGAUGGUGAAAGGUGUGCAUAUGUAAGAAUCUCCGUUACUGAUGGUAAAAAAGUACUCUCCAUGUACCUUGUUCGCUCUGCCAAGACGGCUAUCAAGUGUUUUGAGAAGAAAGAUGAAGAAUGGGUCUGUGUUACGGAUAAGGAGUUUAAUUGGAAACCAGAUGAUGUAGAAAAUGAACCAUCGGAACCUUUUGUACCUGGUAUCGUUACGGAAGUUCCAAGCCUUCCAGAGACAAAGGAUACAAAAACUAUUCUAGAUGUGUCAAAACCUGACAAGGAACAUGUAAAAAUCAUCCCAAGUUAUGCAGAAGGAAUAAUGUACAUAACAUAUAGCCCAAAUAAGGGAAGGAGAAUAACUUCUGUAUCAGACAACAAUCUUGAGAUAUGGAGAGCUGGUUCGGAUGAGACUAUUAAGUUUGUAAAAUCAAGCAUAAGGGAUGAAUUAGAACUACUUUCAAUAUAUCUUCGUAAUGGAAAGAUCAUGGAACAUAAAUGCUUUGAAAAUGUAAACGGACAAUGGAAUGAAAUUGACGAUGAUAGAUUCGACGAAAUACACGAAUCAAUGAAGACUAAACAUCCUACAAUUGUAGAUGAUGUGGAUAAAACGGAAGAAUUAGAGGAUGAUGAAGAGGAAUCCACAAAACUUCAAAGAGAACACGAGUUCUAUGACCCUGAUAGAUAUGACUCUCUAGAGGAAAUACUAUCUGAAGAGCAUGUAACUGACACUGGAAACCUAAGGGCUGAGGCUGCAGAUGUUUUUUCCGGUGACUCUAGUGAUGAGGAUGAAGACUCUCCAGCCCAACCCGCAAAAGACGAAUCAAAUUCGGUGCCUCCCGAAAUUCUGAGGAUUGGACAAGCAAUAUUCGAAAUUUCAGGAAAGAAACCAAAAGAUCUCACAAAACCCAUAGAGUUGAAUUUUGACAACGUUGACAGUAACAUUGGAGUUCACGAGGGUACCCUGAACAACUUUCAGCAUAAACUCUACAUUCCAAAGAAUGGACACUUUAUAAGUAAGAUAAUAGACGAAGGACGUGUUAUAGAUGUUGGAGAUGGAAAGUGUGUACUCACCUACGUCUACCAUAGACCAGAACCCGUUCUUUCACUCCUUGUCUUUGAGAGUAAUGGACAUGAAGCGCAUAAAUUCAUGGUCAAGGAUUGUGAAUGGAAGGAACCGGAUGCUGAUAUGAAAAAAACACUAGAAACUGAGGGCGAAGGUUUUGUCCAAGCACUUGUAGAUGCAGUCCAAAGCGCCGUUGGAAAGGACGCCUUGCAAUAAUGCGGUAAGUAGAACGAGGCUUCAGUAUCCCAAACAGGGCCUUAUAACACAAGUUAACAAAGAUUAAUUGUAUAAAAAUUGAU